AAGGAAAGAAAGAAAGAAAGAAACAGUCCAAUAAUAUAGAAAAGGCAAAACAAGAGUCCAUCAAAUAAAAACUGUUCCAUCUCUUUGGUCUUCUUACUUUGUUUGUCUUAGUCACCGAGUUGUUAUUUGUUUAAUACAAUAACGAAACACGUUAAUCUUAAUUAACCUUCAACACCUUUUUUGCUUUUGCAAUAUUCUUUCUCUGAUCCUUUUCGAUUUUCUACCUCCGACUCUCGUUUUUGUUUUUCACUACAAAGAACGCACCAAAAUGCUCUCUCUCUCUCUCUGCGAUCUCUUCAAUUCUGCUUCUACCUUUUGAUUUCAUUCUCCAGAUUCAAUAUCAUGGCAUCUGGUUACGAAUACGAUAUUAAUGAUCUGUAUCAAGAAGCUCAAAGGAGAUGGCUGAAGCCUGCAGAAGUGAUGUACAUUUUACAGAAUCAUGAAAAGUAUCAGUUCACCCAAGAGCCCCCGCAACAGCCGACAAGUGGUUCCCUGUUUCUGUUUAACAGAAGAGUAUUGCGUUUCUUCCGUAGAGACGGCCACGCUUGGCGGAAGAAAAGAGAUGGAAGAGCUGUGGGAGAAGCCCACGAACGGCUGAAGGUUGGAAAUGUUGAAGCCUUAAAUUGUUACUAUGCACAUGGAGAGCAGAUCCCUACGUUCCAGAGGCGGAGCUAUUGGAUGUUGGACCCGGCAUUUGACCAUAUUGUUCUCGUGCAUUACAGAGACACUAGUGAGGGAAGGCUCAGCUCUGGACCUGGCACACAAUUGUCACCGGGUUCCUCUUCUGCGUUCAGUCAGAGUCCUAGCUCAUAUAGUAAUCAGAACCCAGGGUCAACAUCCAUUGUUGAUGAUUCCUAUGAACGUAAUCAGAGUUUCUCAAGUCCUGGAUCUGCUGAAGUGACCUCUGAUAUAUUCAUUUUGAACAAUGGAAUGGCUCACUUGGAAGGAGCAGAUGCAGAAUCAGGAACCUCAACUGAACUUAAGAUUACUCAGGCUUUGCGCCGAUUGGAGGUGCAGUUAAGUUUGAAUGAGGACAACUUUGAAGAAAUUGCUCCCUUCAGCAAUGAGGAUGAAGCUACACGUGAUUCAAAACCUCAGAACCAUCAAGGGGUGAUCUGCAAGCAAGAGAAAUCUGAAGCUCUUUCUGGACCAGACGAUCAGGGGCAAUUUUGUGAUGGAUAUAAUGCAAGGCAAGUGGUGUUUGUAGGUGAUAGUGGUCAAAGUUAUCGUGAAUUUCUAGACCAUGAUUUCCCUGACGGAAAUGAGAAGGUUUUAUCUUGGACAGAGUUAAAGAAAUUAAACAAGUUUUCAUCUGUGGCCUCACCCCAAAAAAAUGUAUACAUGCCAGCUGGAAAUCAGGACGGUUCACCAUCUGUUUCAAUAAGGGAACCAGUUACCAGUCCGGAAAACUGUUGCUGGACAAAUUUCAAUACUAAUAUUAAUAAUGCUGGAAACUCUGUUUUUUCACUUCCUCAAGAUGUUGGUGGAGUCACACUUCCUCCAUAUUCUUCUAUGGUAGAAACAAGAGAAAUUCAUUCUGGCUACUAUGCGACAUUGUUUGACCAAAGCCAAAUUGGAGCAUCUCUGGAAGCAGGUUCAAGCUUAACUGUUUCACAAAAACAGAAAUUUACUAUUAAGGCAGUUUCCCCAGAAUGGGGUUAUGCCUCUGAAACUACAAAGGUUUUCAUUAUUGGGUCUUUUCUCUGUCAUCCCUCUGAUUCUGCCUGGGCCUGUAUGCUUGGUGAUGUUGAAGUUCCUGUUGAGAUGAUUCAGGAUGGUGUAAUGUGUUGUGAAGUUCCAUCUCACAUUCCUGGAAAGGUUACUCUGUGCAUUACUUCUGGAAACCGGGAAUCGUGCAGUGAAGUAAGAGAGUUUGAGUAUCGAGAUAAGACGAAGAGCUGCACCCACUGCACUCCAUCAGAAACAGAAGCCACCAGAACUCCAGAAGAACUGUUAUUACUUGUUAGGUUCGGGCAGAUGCUCCUUUCUGCAUCAUCUGUAAGUAAUGAUAAUAACAACGAAUCAGGAAUUAUCAUAAAACAGAAAGCUGAUGAUGAUUCAUGGAGCCAUAUUAUAGAGGCUCUUCUAUUUGGUAGUGGAACUUCUUUUGGUACUAUCAAUUGGCUUCUUGAAGAGCUUCUAAAGGAUAAGCUACAGCUGUGGCUUACUUGCAGACCCUGGGAAGCAGAUGAAGAGACAGGCUGUUCUUUAACCAAGAAAGAGCAGGGGAUUAUUCACAUGGUUGCUGGCUUGGGUUUUGAGUGGGCCUUGAACCCUAUUCUCAGUUGUGGUGUCAAUAUAAAUUUCCGCGACAUCAACGGCUGGACUGCCCUUCAUUGGGCGGCACGUUUUGGAAGGGAAAAAAUGGUUGCGUCACUUAUAGCUUCUGGUGCAUCUGCUGGAGCAGUGACAGAUCCAAGUGCACAAGAUCCAAUCGGUAAAACUGCGGCAGCAAUUGCAUCCAGCAGUGGGCAUAAGGGACUGGCAGGGUAUCUUUCAGAGGUAGCUCUAACAAGCCAUUUGUCAUCGCUUAAACUAGAAGAGAGUGAGCUAUCGAAAAGUUCUGCCGAGCUUCAAGCAGAUUUAACGGUUAGUAAUGUCUCCAAGGAAAAUAUUGCUUCCAGUGAAGAUCCAACCUCGCUCAAAGAUACCUUAGCUGCUAUCAGAAAUACAACUCAAGCAGCUGCACGGAUACAAGCUGCUUUCCGUACACAUUCAUUUAGAAAACGGAGAGCAAACGAAGCAGUUGCUGGUAUGAGCAGACAUGAUAUCAGUGCAAGUAGCAUUGGUAAUAUGCCGGAGCUUUCUGCUAUGUCAAAACUUGCUUUUCGGAACCCACGUGAAUUUAAUUCAGCUGCAUUAUCAAUUCAGAAGAAAUAUCGAGGUUGGAAAAGUCGCAGAGAUUUCCUAUCAUUGCGCCAAAAAGUAGUUAAGAUACAGGCUCAUGUGAGGGGUUACCAAGUUAGGAAGCAUUACAAAGUAUUAUGGGCAGUUGGAAUCUUGGACAAGGUUGUGCUAAGAUGGCGGAGAAAAAGAUCUGGUUUACGAGGUUUCCGGCCAGAGAUGGAGACUAAUGAAAAUCAAGAUGAAGAUAUUCUCAAGGUGUUUCGAAAACAGAAAGUAGAUGUAGAAAUUGAAGAGGCUGUCUCAAGGGUGCUGUCCAUGGUCAAAUCUCCUGAUGCUCGUCAGCAAUAUCAUCGCAUGCUUGAGAAGUUUCGUCAAGCCAAGGCUGAACUUUUGGCGAGUACGAGUGAAGAAAAAUUGUUAUCAACUUCUGUAGAAGAUUAUCUCAACAUGGAAGAUGAUUAUUAUCAAUACCCGUAGGGUGCCAAUGCUAGCCUUAGUCCUUACUAAUUCCAACACUAUUGAAUUAUGACCAUCCAGCAUCAAAAUUUGGUUGGUCUUUGUAUUUGUAUGAUGUAUCUAGAUGCAUAGAACUAGCUGACAUUUUAGUUGUUGAAAUAGUGGAUUGUAUCUGUAUUAGUGAUAAUGAUGUGAUAGUAAUUGUGAAAAUUAAUCUCUGUAAAGAAUAAAAUGGUUUUGAAUUUAGGUAGGACUUGAGUUGAAUGGACCAAGUUUCUCUUUUUCUCGUGAUAUCUUUGAAAUUUAGAUA